ACCAAAAGUUAAAACUGAGAAGUGUUGCGAAUUAAUUUUGCGUGUUUAAUUUCAUUUGGUGAUUGUUUUUAUUUUCGUUAGUUCGUUUUACGCGAAAUGGCUCAGCCAAGCCUACCCGUAUCUGCGGUAAUUCGAUCAAAGCAGGACGGUGGAGAACUGAAGAAGGCCAGCAGAGAUGACUACCGAAAAGCCAAGGAACUAGAAGAAGCACGCAAAGCUGGCACGGUUCCUGCUGAACAGGACGAAGAAGGACGCGAUAUUAAUCCCCACAUUCCUCAUUAUAUCGCAUCUUCCCCUUGGUAUCUGGGAUCCGUCGGGCCCACACUCAAGCAUCAGCGUAUUCCGGACGAAAAGGUGAAAGUUGCUGCCCCCAUAACGGAAUGGUACAAGAAAGGUGUGACGGGCAACACUGCCACCAAAUUCAGAAAAGGCGCUUGCGAGAAUUGUGGUGCGAUGACACAUCAGAAGAAGGACUGCUUGGAACGGCCGAGAAAAAUUGGAGCAAAAUAUACUGGGACGGAUAUCGCCCCUGAUGAGCAUGUCAAUACUGCAAUUGGACUGGAUUUUGAAGGCAAACGCGAUCGGUGGAACGGCUACGAUCCCAACGAGUACAAAGCCGUGGUAGAAGAAUAUUCUAAAUUAGAACAAGUCAAACGCUUGUUGAAAGCGGACAAAGUGCAGCAGGCGGACAACGCAGAGUUCCGCGAACGAACCGCCGAAGAAGAUGCAGAAGUAGCGGAAGUUAAACCGGACGGAGAUCAGGUAGAGGAUGAAGACAAGUAUGCGGACGACAUGGAAAUGCCUGGCACAAAAGUGGAUUCAAAACAGCGCAUCACCGUCCGCAACCUGCGUAUCCGUGAAGACACGGCCAAAUACCUCCUGAAUUUGGACCCCAAUUCAGCAUACUACGAUCCCAAGACCCGCAGCAUGCGAGAAAAUCCGCUAGCCGAUCAGCCAGUCAAAGCUAGCAAUGUCACAUUUGCUGGCGAGAAUGUUGUACGAUAUUCCGGCGAAACGAAUAAAGUGGCACAAUCCCAGUUAUUUGCAUGGGAAGCUUCGGAGAAGGGCAUUAGUCUCAACCUCCAGGCCGAUCCCACGAAGGCGGAACUGCUGGGAAAGCAGUACGAAGAAAAACGGAAUGAGUUUAAAAAGACCAUUGAGCGUAGUGUACUGGAUAAGUACGGCGGCGCGGAGCAUUUGGAAGCGCCACCGAAAGAAAUGCUCUUGGCCCAGACCGAGACGUUUGUGCAGUAUUCGCGACGGGGCGAGGUUCUUAAGGGUAUGGAUACCGUUGUCGUACGGUCGCGCUACGAAGAGGAUGUUUAUAACAAUAACCAUACGUCGGUCUGGGGAUCAUACUGGGAGAACGGGAAUUGGGGAUACAAAUGUUGUCAUAGUUUCGUCAAGAUGUCAUACUGUACGGGAAUGGCAGGAAUAUUGGCUAAAAAAGAUAAAGAGUCUGGGGAUACUCCGCUAGCUGUACCGGAAGUCCUGAGUAAUCCUGUGGGUACGGAAGAACAACAGCGGAAAAGAAAACUUAGCACUUCCAGUUCCUCCUCUUCGUCAUCGUCGUCUUCCUCCUCAUCUUCUUCGUCGGAAGAAAGUUCUUCCAGUGAGGAUGAGGAAAACACUCGCAAAAAGAAGAUUAAAGCCGCCAUGAAAGCUCAAGAAGAGGAAGAAAAGGAGGCCAAACGAUUGAUGGCAAUGGAUGAACGGAAACGACCGUACAAUAGCAUGUACACUGUUAAAAAGCUGACGGAUGAAGAGAUUGAAGCCUAUAAAAUGCGAGAAAUCCGGGCGGAUGAUCCAAUGGCUAGUUUUGUUAAGAAAAACUGAUGCAUCUGAAACAAGCACUUUAUGCAUACUGAAAUCUUAUCUUAUGUACAUUAUCUUAUGUACAUGUACAUCUUAUCUUAUGUACGUACUGAAAUCUUAUGUACAUUGUGCAGUAAUAAUUUUUAUGUG